AUGAUUCCUCCAGGUGAAUUUAAACUAACACGUCUUAUUCGGCCUCUUCCACUUUUAAAUGACGAUUUCGAGAAAGUGGCUAUUAAUCAGAUUGUCUUUCCAGAGUUCGUGAUUAAAUUUUACGGUACGGACGUCACAUCACCCCACAUAGACACAAAAGGUUCUAUAUUCAUGUACAAAGGAAGCGUCAUAGGACAAAUUGACAAUGUUUUCACAAGAAGUUCUGUGAACGUCUUUCAGAUUUCAAAGGGAAAGGAAUUAUUAGCCAUCAGACAGUCUUAUCAUACGCAAAGUUCUAGUGGGGAUCUUACAUUCAAGGUAACCACUACGAUAAGUUCGAAUGGGAAGAUAUCUUUCUAUUAUGAAAACGUUACUAAAGCAAUUAAAAUAAAAGACGUGGAUUCGAUCAUUGUCGGUAGAAUUCGGUGUGGAAAACAAGGAGUGAACCACUGA